GGAAACUGACCGCCUGCUUUGACCAGCACCAACGGUUGAACCAUCAUGCUCAGUUGGGGAAGCUGAAGCGGCAACAAAGACGUAGGCAGCUCCAAUAUUCUAGCCUAUGAUCCUGAACUACGACAUACUUAUCAAAUGGAAUCACCACUAACCUAUUCUCCAGUACAGAGCACCCAUUCCGGCCUUCCGUCAAGGUCCCGGAGCAGCACAAAACUUGGUGACGAUGUCACCUCAUUGACUUCCUUCAAUCCAUUCUCAGAAGAGGAUGAAAACGAUUAUUCGUCCUAUGCUCUUGUGACUUCUUUGUUUUCACGCAUGAAGAAUAGCUUCGCUGCCCCCUUGACAUCUUCCACUCUCGCACCGCCUCCCAAUGGCACUAUUGGAGCCCUUACAGGCGAACAGAGGCGUCCAUCUGCGACCGCCGUAAACGUAUCUUCCUUUUCUUCUCGGUCCUCUGCACCUGAGCGUCCGUCAUCACUGACAGUCGUGCCAUCCAAGACUGCACCGCCCCUCGUAUCCCUGACACCAGUCGUAUCAGAUCCGCCAUCCUUUGGUGCAGAAUUGGACCGCUCGCCUUCACGCAAUGGCCAAUAUACUCCUGUAUAUGAGACUCAAGACGGUGGUCUCUUUGGCACCGCCAUCCCUGGUUUCCCCAUUCCGGAUGAUGCCCGUAGCAUACGAACUACUGCUUCAUUAAAUCAGUCUACCUCUGUAUCCAAAGUCAUACGUCGCAUUCGUGGUGAAGGUCUCUCUCGCGAGUAUUGGAUGGAAGACUCCAAUGCAAAGGAGUGUUAUGAUUGCAAAAGCGUCUUUACAACAUGGCGACGCAAACAUCACUGUCGUAUAUGCGGCCAAAUAUUCUGCUCGCGUUGUGCAUCCAAUAUUAUCAAGGGUUCGAGGUUUGGUCAUGACGGCAUGGUCAGAGUGUGCAAUCUCUGUCUCGAGAAACUUGCAAAGGUUGAAGAUGAAGAUGACGACGACAGGCGUUCUAUUGUCUCCUCUACAGCCUCUCCAUUCCCCGCCCACCAGUUUGGCGGCGAUUCAUUCGCGCUCAGUCUCGGUCAUCAUCCGCAAUCCCCAUUCGCCGCGUCCCAGCUGUUCGGAAGGACGGACGAACCGUUCAAUCUGUAUUCUAUUGCUGAGACAAAGAGACUGAUAUCUGACAAUGACUCUGUGUCUACCGCUCUCGGCGAGUGGGAGCCUGUCCGCGAGAGUACUGCACCCUUUCGACGGAACCUCUCAGAAGACGAGAAGGAUCCUCCCUCAAUAUCCAACUUCAGCAAAAAUACCGCACAAGCUGCUGUGGCUCCUCGGUCAAAGACCCCAGUUGACUUUCCAGUCACUGUGCCGAUCAAUGUCGAGGGCACAAUGAGCUCAAUUCAAUUUCCAUUGAGUUCUCCGGACCAACACGGACCAGACAGUCCUGGGAAUUACAAUAGCAUGCGCUCCAGAUUCAAUAGCUUUGGCGAUUUUGAUGCCGCCUCGCCCUUUAUCAGGAGCCGAGCGCAUAGUCGGCUCGAUAGCUUCCCUACUAUUGAAGGUUGGCGCACGAGGCGAGAUUCUACCGCCUAUGCCCAGGAGCUUAACCUAAUUUCCAUGUUCCACCUUCGCGUCAUGCUGCGGCAAAUGCUCACUACCGAGCAGAUUCCGAACAUCAAGGAAUGGGAAGAAGCUCUGCUCAGACUUGCCCUUCGCGUCGCUAAAGAACUCACCUUCACUGCCCUUCCGUACCACCAAGGCGAAGACAUGGAUGUCCGACGAUAUGUCAAGAUCAAAAAAAUCCCCGGUGGAGCACCAAACGACUCGGAAUACGUUGAUGGUGCCGUUAUAACCAAGAACGUUGCCCACAAGCAAAUGUCACGCAUACAACGUAAUCCGCGUGUCAUGCUUGUAACCUUCCCACUUGAGUUUCAUCGAGUCGAGGGCCAAUAUGUCCACUUUGGUCAGAUUCUUAGGCAGGAAAAGGAGUAUCUCGGAAACUUGGCGAGCAGGAUUGCUGCGCUCAGGCCGCACGUGGUGUUGGUGGAAAAGUCAGUGAGUAGGAUUGCGCUCGAAGGGCUUGCGAAGCAUAAUAUCGCCGUCGCUCGCGCUGUAAAGCCCACCGCGAUCCAAUUCGUGGCCCGGAUGACUCAGGGGGAUGUCUUUUCGUCGAUCGACAAGCUUGCUUUAGAGCCUCGACUAGGUCAUUGCGCGCGGUUCCGUGUGCAGACUUUCGACCACCCUCUGAUCCCAGGGCAACGGAAGACGUAUAUGCGGUUUGAGGGAUGCAGCCGUGAGUUGGGGUGCACCAUCGUCCUGAGAGGAGGGGAUGUAGAUACGCUCAAGAGGGUGAAGAAAGUGACCAGAUUCUUGAUGUUUGUCGUGAGGAACUUGAAGCUGGAGACCCACCUGUGGAAGGACUCCGUGAUCACGCUCCCUAGCCUGAGCGCAGAGGCUGUACCGGCAGGUGUGGCUACGAAGCGGUAUCCAGAAGGAUCUGGUACGGUAUCGAACCCUGGCGGUCUUGUGCCCGCAUCGGUAUCGCUGGUGCAUCUUGUGACACCAGGGGAUAAGGAGCGGCAGGAGGCGGAGGAGGCGGAGAUCAAAGAAGCUGAAGAUGAUCUUCCAGAUGCUGAUGCCGAGCGCCUUCGUCUUUCGAAACGAAUUCAGCAGUCACUGGAGCCGUACGCCAAGACGUUCAUAUCCGUUUCUGCUACUCUGCGCUUUCCUCCCCCUCAGCCUAUCAGGAGGAUGAAGGAGUUGGAUGACGAGCUCACUCGUGUGCAACGCGCUUGGGAAGACGAGAUUGUGCGAAGAGAGGAAAAAGGCCCCGUUCAAAAUGAUUGUAAGGCCCCCUCGGGAACUCCCACUCCUGCAAGUGAAGCAACUGCUACUACGUCCAGAAUCGAACCAGAUAUGGACGAUGUAAAAGCCCAAAUUGAAGCACUCCCACUCCCUGAUCUUCCGAAAACGCCAACUUCCGGUCUGUCUGAGCUUGACGAGGAACCCGCUGGUUACUUCGAGCCUCAGCCAAGUACAUUGCAUGUCCUUGGGGGGUCAUCGUUCUUCCAUUCCCCCCGCCUUAUCGAUCCCGGCGAGAAAGAGCAUACGAUUACUCUCAAGACCGCUGCGGACAUUGCGCUUGGAAAGCCAGUUCGGUAUGAGCAACGACGUAUAUGGGAAUGGUAUCUUCGCAAAAACGCUGACGAUUUCGUGAUUGACCAGUACCAGUGCAUCAGCGUUUGGGAAUACACCAUCCCGAUCGAAGAAUUUGGUCUUCAUCGCGCCUGUUUCGCUCCUGGAUUGAAGUAUAUGAAGUUCUAUGGCGAGAACGAUUGCACGCUGGGUCAGUUCAUUGAGAAGAGCGUUAAUGAGACGUUGGUCCAGUUCCUUGACCCGAAAGCGAUUUGCACUGGGAAAGGAUGCAACCAGCCACUUGCGAGGCAUUGCAAGGUCUAUGUGCAUAACGAAACCAGACUUGCAGUUGCUGUUGAGCAGUGGGAUGGGCAGAUCAAGGCCAAGGGUCCGUAUCUCUAUCCGUCUCCGGAAACUAUCACGACUUGGAGCGCUUGUCGGGUGUGUGGCUCAGCGACGCCAUUUAUUCCCAUCUCCGACGAGAUGCAGCGGUACUCCUUCGCGAAGUUUUUGGAAUUGCACUUCUACCCCGCGGACGUACAGCUUGUCCAAGGUGCUGGUUGCCAACAUAACAUCUACCAGCACCACAUUCGGUACUUUGCGAAGAAGGGAAUGACGGUGCGGUUCCAGGCAGAUCCUGUUGUCCUCCAUGAGGUUGUCUACCCUGCUAUGCGCAUUCGCAUCCGUCCGGAGUCGCAGCUGGAGCUCAAGAAUGCGGAUUACGAACGGCUGCACCGUCGGAAUACUACCUGGUACACUGCUCUUGUCGAUGAUCUCAAGCUCAUCAGCAUUGACGCAGCUACUGGCGAUGAAGAGCAGGACGCAAAACUCCUCGCCGAUAUCAACAACCUGAUUACACGCGCUGAAGAUGAGAGAGAGGAGAUUGCUCAGUUGAUCAACAAGAUUUACAAAGAGUCGGCUCCGACUGAUACGCUCGCCUUGAAUCAAGUUCGAUCCUUCCGACAGGACAAGAUCGUAGCUUGGCAGCAGGACUUUGACAAGCUCCCAAAGCCGAGGGGCACUCAGACUCUGGACAGGAACGCGCGGAGGGUAUCUGCUGCCCUUGGGUCUGUGAGGGCGAUGUGGCCGAAGAAAUCUGAUCCUGCGAGUCCUAGUGAAUCUCAUCAGCCCUUUUCCAGCGUUUCAGAGGCGGAAGAGGGAGCGUUAACUCGUAGGCGGGUUACUGGAGGAUCCUUUGUUUCGUCUGCGUCAGAAGCUUCGGAGCCUGAGCUUGAAACUGUUGCAGAGAAGACAGCGACGGCCUCUUCUGAUACCGAAGCACCUCCUUCAGUUAUUCAGCCUGAAGUGGCCACUGAACAGAAAUCGGACGCUGAUAGUGAUUCGACUAUUGGUGCGUCUAAAGAUGACGGGGCACUCUCAGACCAAGGUGCAAUGUCAACAACACAAGCGGAGCAAAGUGAAACCCGUGUUGGACGUGUUGUUACAAGAGCAUCAAGGCUACCUCGACGGCCGCAAGCUCACCCCAGUGUUGCAGAGCUGGUAGCUCGGUAUCAGGAGUACCUACCCCCGCAGGGUGUUGAAGAGCUUGCGAAGACCGCUCUGGCUCCAUUUCCUCCAGUGUCCGAAAGUGAUCAAGAAUAUCCUGCGCAGCCACCGCUUCAAAGGUCUACCAUACGCAGGCACAGAGAGCCCGUCAAGAAGCCCUCGGUGUCCGACUUCGAGUCCAGUUAUGCGGCGAAUAUAGCCUCGAGGCACCUCAACCGUCGCUCCUUGGGCACUCAAAAUCCACAUAAACGUGGGUCGAGACCUCUUCAUGGUGAUCCGACGACGUCAUCGCCACCGCAGACAUCCAAACCGCUUCCCGCCGGUGGUGGUCGCACCUUGCGACGGAAGCCAUCUACCCGAGCCAUCCAAAAAGACAAAGCGCCCUCUCGUCCCACCUCAGUCGUGCCUGUCACUAAGCCCCAGUUCAGACGGCCACCUCAGAGUGUCGGAAGCAAGGUUUCUAAUAUUGCACGACACUUCGAGCGCAUAAAUCGGGAUACUGAGCGAGCAAACAGGCGUUAUGCGGUUAUCAGGGGUCGUAAGGCACGGCCAGUCGCUUCUGCUCGUGCUACAGUUGAGGUUUUGGAUAGUAUCAAAGAUGCGAUACAAGAUGAGUCAGAGAGUUCUGAUAGCUCUAGUGAAGCGGACGAUGAGGGCGGUGAUGAGGAUGAAGCCCGAAAGCCAACAGAUAAAACCACAAUGGAUUCGUCUCCAGAACAAUCUGUCACACUUCCUUCCGUCACUGUGCAGCCUGCUACAGAUACAUCAACUCCGGUACCUGCGGGCGAGCCUUCCCCAGCACCUUCAUCAUCGACACCACCGUUGCCACCGCCAGCUCGGCAACUCGGGCAAGUGGCAUCAUUUCCGCCAUCUCCUUUCCUCAAAUCUGAGAUCCCGAUGAAUCUCCCACCAACGCCGCCUCCGAUUUCACUUGAUGAACCUGGGAGGAACUCGAUAUUCAAGCAGGCUUUUCAGGGACUGUCUCAGGGAUUGUUCUCGGCUCAGUUCCCUCCACGCAGAUCGGAUCCAGAGGCUGAAGAUCCGUUGAAUGAUCCGGAACACAUUUUCCGUGAUUCUUCCAUGGUAGUAAGGACCGAUGAGCCUACAUCUAUUAUUGCAUUGGCGUUGAAUUCUCCUCAAUAUCGAGAAAUAUUGGCCAAGUCCCGAGCCGAGAAACGGACUGCGCGAGAGCCGAAGCUGACUGAUGGAGGGGAAGCAUUCAUGCCCGAUGACCAUUCUGUCGCAGAGUCUUCUUCAACGUGGGGAGUGGUCAACGUGGAGACUGCGGAACCCGGUAACCCCGCGGAGGAGCUCAAAUCUGCGUCGACGAAAAUGCCUUGGGUGAUUACGUUUGAAAGUGGUGGUUUAACCAUCAGCUGUACUGUGUUAUUUCCAGAACAGUUCGAUGCUUUGCGCAGGACGCAUGACUGCGAGAAGAGUAUGGUUGAGUCGUUGGCAAGGUGCGUCAAGUGGGACGCCAAUGGAGGCAAGUCUGGCUCGGCGUUCUUGAAGACAAGAGACGAUCGUUUCAUUGCAAAAGAACUCUCCAAGGCAGAGCUUCAGACAAUGGAGACGUUCGGUCCAGCAUACUUUGAAUAUAUGGCAUCUGCGAUCUGUGGCAACCGUCCCACUUUACUCGCCAAGGUGUUUGGGUGUUACAAAUUGACGUUCAAGAAGUCGAGAGAUAAGGGUUCGAGCAAGGCCAAACUAACACAUAUGAACCUCCUUGUGAUGGAGAACCUCUUCUACGAUCGUCGAUUCUCCCGGAUCUAUGAUCUUAAGGGAUCGACCCGUAAUCGACACGUGCGAUCCACUGGACGAGAAAACGAAGUACUGCUGGAUGAAAACCUCGUCGAAACUGCUCAUCUCUCACCGUUUUAUCUCCGUGAACAUUCGAAGCGCAUACUGAGAGGGUCAUUGUAUAACGACACCAAGUUUUUGGAAGACAUCAAUGUCAUGGAUUAUUCACUUCUCGUCGGCGUUGAUGCUCAUACCCAUGAACUAGUGGUUGGUAUCGUUGACUACAUUCGCACCUACACUUGGGACAAAAAACUCGAGAGCUGGGUGAAGGAGUCUGCCUUCCUUGGUGGCGCUGGCAGAGGAGAACCCACCAUCGUUACGCCCAAGCAGUAUAGACAGCGAUUCAUCAGCGCCAUGGACAGAUAUUUCCCCUUAGUCCCUGAUCGAUGGAUGAAGCAGAAAGACAUCCCAGAAGAAGACCCUUGCAGUUCGAACAGUCUGGUUGAACUGUGGCCAGACUGGUGAAACCUGAGCAUAUCACGUCCUUUCAUUCAAGACACAAGCAUCAUGUCGUCCCACUGUAGCCUUACCACAUACCAUCCGUGCCAGUAAAUACCCGAUGAUCUAAAUCCUGUACAUUACACCAUUUUAUUACACCGCGAACUGUAUACUACAAUUUUCUUGUUC